UUUCCAAAUCGAGAACCAGCAGACGCCAAGUUUAACCAAAAAGUCCAAAACAAACCCCUUUGACAAGAAAACAAGCACAAUAUUAAAGCCACUACCCAAGCUAGAAAUUAAAUGCAACCACCACCCUGUAGCUACAUGUUACUCACCAGAGAUUGCAAAAACCAUGUCUUUUAUCUCUUUCCUUUUUUUGGGUAUCAUCGUCAUCAGCAUCACCUCUUCAACCACAGGAAAGCCUCACAUCAUCAAUUUUCAGUCGCCAAAUCUCUAUCCCGAGGGCCUUGCCUAUGACCCAUUGGCUCAACACUUCAUUGUUGGCGCCCUCCGCCACCGCACUAUCCACUCCGUAUCCGCUGCAGGCGUUGUCCAAACCCUCAUCUUCGACCCUUCCCUCCCUCCAAACACCAGCUUUAUGGGCAUGACCGUAGAUACAUUGAAUAAUCGUCUCCUUGCAGUUAUCCACUCCUAUCCCCCACUUCCUCCCUUCAACGCCCUCGCCGCCUAUGACCUUGGCACCCGGCAACGCCUCUUUCUCUCUCUCCUACCCGACGCCGACGCAAGUAUUUCACCUCGGUUCGUCGCCAAUGCCGUAGCUGUUGAUUUCAAGGGAAACGCUUACGUCACCAAUUCCUUAGGCAACUCCGAAGGGAAUUUCAUCUGGAAAGUCAAUGCUGGAGGAGAGAUGUCCAUUUUCUCCGGAUCUCCAAUUUUCACGCAGUAUCCAGUGGACCGCAACGCACCGUUUAGCUACUGCAGCCUUAACGGGAUUGCUUAUGACAGCAAGGGUUUUCUACUGGUGGUGCAAACCAACACGGGGAAAAUGUUCAAGGUGGACGCGGAGGAUGGCACGGCGAGGACGGUCUUGUUGAACGAAGAUUUGCAUUUAGCCGAUGGGAUCUCCAUAAGAAAAGACGGCGUCGUUUUAGUAGUGUCCCAAAACCAGCUUUGGGUUUUGAGAAGCAAUGAUAGCUGCGGCGAGGGAGUAGUUUAUGACAAGAUUGAUCUUGAUAGGGAAAGAUUCCCCACUUCAGUGGUAGUGGGCAGAGAGGAAAGGGUGUAUGUGUUAUAUGGGAGUGUGUUGGAGGGUAUAAUGGGAAACGGGGGGAGGGAGUGGUUUCAAAUAAAGCAAGUGAAGUCGGGCAGGGAGAGUGAGAAUGAGAAUAUAUGGAUGUUUGUGUUGCUUGGUUUGGGCCUGGCCUAUUUCUUCUUUUGGAGGUUUCAGAUGAAACAACUUGUCAAAAACAUGGAUAAAAAGACUAAUUAAAAUUUGUGGGGUUUUAACUA